CGGCCUUGGCCACGAAGUUUCCGUUUCAGUAGCCGCCUUGGUGUCAGUAGGCGUUGCCACUUCCGGGCGUUCUGGACACUUGGGAUGCUGCAGAGUUCAUGGCUGAGGUCGCUCCUUGCGUGGGACAAGAAUCCUCCGCAAUGGUUUGUUCUGGCUGCCCAGGAGGGGUGUCAAGUCGCCGCCUCAGGGUUCCCCGCCUCCAAAAUGGAGCUCAGCGAGUCGUGCCUGCCACAGUGCACCUGGUUUUGCAGCCUAAGCGGGUCACUUUAGUGCAUCCUCCUCGCGGAUUGGAACCUGUUUGCACCCCCAUAGCCCGAAUGAGACCCAGGUCACACGGGCUCAGAUGUUCUCCUCCGCCCCUGGCCAUGAUCCCCCAACCAGCCACCGGAGUUUCCGGGCCUCAGGCGCUUUGGAAACAUUUGUACGUCGGUGAAUGGCAGGGUCCCAGCAUAGAGGCACCUCAUGGAGCCCUGCCAGAUGUCACGCGAGUCCAUGUGAAGAGAGUCCACCAACAGGCUUUGUCUGUCUUUGCCAUUUUCUUCAUCUCCAGGAUCCUCUGCUCACACGGAGCCCCAGUGGCCCCCAUAACUCCCUACCUGAUGCUGUGCCAGCCGCACAUGAGAUGUGGAGACAAGUUCUACGACCCCCUGCAGCACUGUUGCUAUGAUCAUGCCGUCGUGCCUUUGGCCAGGACCCAGAGGUGUGGAAACUGCACCUUCAGAGUCUGCUUCGAGCAGUGCUGCCCCUGGACCUUCAUGGUGAAGCUGAUAAACCAGAACUGCAACUCAGCCCCGACCUCAGAUGACAGGCUUUGUCGCAGCUGAUGGAACAUCAGGGGAAUGAUGACUCCUGGAUUCUCCUUCCUGGAUGGGCCUGGAGAAAGAGGCUGGUGUUACCUGAGAUCUGGGAUGCUGAGUGGCUGUUCUGGGGCAGGAGAAACACACACUCAGCUGCCCACCUCAUUCUGUGACCUGUCUGAGGUCCACCCUGCAGCUGCCCUGAGGAGGCCCACAGGUCCCCUUCUAGGAUUCUGGACGGCGUGAGAUGCAUGUGCUGAUGGGGGCCCAGGGACUCUGACACUUCAUGAUGACCCCUACGGCUAACAUCAACCAGGCACCACCCCAAGGCUGGCUGGGGAACCCUUCACCCUUCUGUGAGAUUUUCCAUUCCCUUAAUUUCUCUUCUAUCCAGGAGCAAAGCACAGGACCAUAAUAAAUUUAUGUACAUUGUAAAUUAAUGCCGUAGAAUUCAUGAAUUAGAGAGUUUGGACGGUUGAAAGGGGUCACAAAGGGUGAUGUGGGGCCCCUUCUCUCUGUCACCCUGCGGCAUCUUGGCCUUUCCCUUUGUUCUGCUCAUGCACACACUUAUUUUUUCUUUCUCCAUUUAUUUUUUAAAUUUAUUAUUUUGUUAUUCGUGCUUGGUGACUAGGGCCCUGGCCACCCCUGGGACAGAGGUCACCCUACUACACUAGCCUCCACCACCCCAUGGCUCCCUGAACCCAGUCCCAGGAUCGGGAGCAGCCCAGGUUGGGUGGGGAGGAGGUGGGGAUCGAGGGAGGGCUUCGGAGAGGCACUCCCUGUCCCACACGAGUUCUGGGACAGAACAGGAUCUGGCUGUGUAUUCUCGAUGUCCAUUAAGGAGAUGCAGACAGACUGGGAAAGAACAGAGGUUCUUUCUGCAACCAGUUAUGAGGAGAAGGUCGGAGUAGCUUACCAGACCAACUCAAAGUUACAAGCUUCUUUUUCUUUUUUCUUUUCUUUUUUUUUUUUGAGACGGAGUCUCGCUGUGUC